ACGCAAACGCGACCUCUGCACAUGACUUGUUUUCACAGUGCGGCUCUUGUGCAGAACUCAUGCGUUCCGAGUGAAAGGAUCGGAUGACAAGAGGUCUGUCAACAGGACACAGGACUGUACAUGCUGCAGAACGGACAGUUUAGCAGCAUUCAGUAAAUGCAUGCCCAGAACACCUCAAACAGAUUAGAAAUCAUCCUUGAACGAAAGUUAUGGGGACACGAAAGGUUUUGGUGACAGGAUGCUCCUCUGGAAUUGGUUUGGCGUUGGCUGUCCGUCUUGCAAAAGAUAAAUUAAGGCGCUUCAAAGUUGUGGCCACUAUGAGGGACCUGGAUAAGAGAGAAGCUCUGGAGAGAGCAGCUGGAGAAUCCCUCAACAGAUCCCUGGAGAUCCGACAGCUGGAUGCCACCUGUGAGGACUCCAUCAGAGAGUGUGUGAACAGCUUGCCAAAUCGACAAGUGGAUGUGUUAGUGAAUAAUGCCGGUGUGGGUAUGAUUGGUCCUUUGGAGUGUCAGAAUGUAAGUGCUAUGCAGGAACUCUUCAACACUAACUUCUUUGGGCUGGUGAGACUGGUAAAGGAACUGCUGCCUGACAUGAAGCAGCGUCAGAGUGGACACAUCGUAGUGAUGAGCAGCGUCCUGGGAAUCCAGGGACUACUUUUCAAUGAUGUAUAUGCUGCCUCUAAAUUUGCUGUAGAGGGGUUUUGUGAGAGUCUUGCUGUGCAAGCUAUGAAGUUCAAUGUCAAGAUGACGUUAGUGGAGCCAGGCCCAGUUGUAACUGAAUUUGAGAAGAAAGUGUAUGAAGAGGCAGAGAAGAUGGAUCUCUCAGAGACUGACGAGGAGACAGCUCGCAUCUUCCGUCAGAUCUACCUGAAAUAUUCACAUAAAGUUUUUAACUCAGUCGGGCAGACACCUGAGGAAGUGGCAGAGCAAAGUCUCCAGGUGAUUGUGUCCAAAAACCCUCCAUUUCGUCAUCAGACCAAUCGUUUGUACAUGCCACUGACUGCCAUGAAGCAUGCUGACCCAACAGGGUGUCUACCCAUAGAUGCAUUCUAUAAAAUGAUCUUCCAGCAUGACCGUAUGUUCAAUGCUAGUCUGAGUAUUCUACGCAUACUUCACAGGAGAAUGGGUGCGGCCUAAAAAGCUCUCUGAGGAUACUGAUGGAGAAAAACAUUUCAAAAGCAUUUCAGAGACAGUUUUAUGGCCCAAAAAUGGGUCAGUGCUCAAUGCAAAUAAUAAAAUGUGGCAAAACCACAGAUAGCAUAGCAACAGUUUUACUACUAAGAUGGGUCGCUACUUGAUGUCCAAUGUAAAGUCUGGAUCCUGAAGCACUGUUCUAUCUUUAACCUCAAAACAACUGUAAUAAUCAUGAUCAAAUACAUAAUGUUUAGUUGCAAACUGUAGUGUAACAGCUCUAGUGUCCUUUUCAUGUUCUAAUGGUUCUUAACAGUCAAGGGGCUGUAUGUAGAAUUCAGAAACCCUUCCUAUUAGCGGUGGCCAUUAAGUGAACUGCAGCCAGCAACUUACUUGCUCGUGCUUGCUCUAGUGCACAUGUACAAGAGACUAAAGGCGAUUCAAUGCCCGAUAUACUCACGGUGAAGUUAUUUUUUUUUGUUCUUUGCUUAGAAGUAAAAUAAUGUUGGAAAUAAAUU